CGCCGCCUUCGCCUCCCCCCUCCGCGGGGCUACGCCCUCACCCGCAGCCCCCACCUCAACAAGGGCAUGGCUUUCACCUUGGAAGAGAGACAACAGUUGAACAUUCAUGGAUUACUGCCUCCUUGCUUUCUUAGUCAAGAUAUACAGGUCCUUCGAGUUCUUAAAAACUUUGAACGGCUGACCACUGAUUUAGACAGAUACAUUCUCCUAAUGGGUCUUCAGGAUCGAAAUGAGAAGCUCUUUUACAAAGUGCUGACUUCUGACAUUGAGAAGUUCAUGCCUAUUGUUUACACUCCUACUGUGGGGCUGGCUUGCCAACAAUAUGGUCUAGCAUUUCGGAGGCCAAGAGGUCUUUUUAUCACCAUCCAUGAUCGAGGACAUAUUGCCACGAUGCUUAAAUCUUGGCCUGCAGAUGUCAUCAAGGCAGUUGUGGUGACUGAUGGAGAAAGGAUUCUUGGACUAGGAGACCUUGGCUGCAAUGGAAUGGGCAUCCCUGUGGGUAAACUGGCCCUGUACACGGCCUGUGGAAGGGUGAAUCCCCAGGAGUGCCUGCCAGUCAUUCUGGAUGUUGGAACCGAGAAUGAGGAGUUGCUUCAGGAUCCUCUAUACAUUGGACUGAGGCACAAAAGAGUGAGAGGACCAGAGUAUGAUGAUCUUGUGGAUGAAUUCAUGGAAGCUGUGACAUCCAGGUAUGGAAUGAAUUGCCUCAUACAGUUUGAGGAUUUUGCUAAUGCAAAUGCAUUCCGUCUCCUGAAGAAGUAUCGCAACCAAUAUUGUACUUUUAAUGAUGACAUUCAAGGAACCGCUUCUGUGGCAGUUGCAGGCCUCCUUGCAGCUCUGCGCAUCACGGGGAACAAGCUGUCUGAUCACAUGAUACUGUUCCAAGGAGCUGGAGAGGCCGCUCUGGGGAUUGCAAACCUGAUUGUUAUGGCAAUGGAAAAAGAAGGAAUGCCAAAAGAGGCUGCUAUUGAAAGGAUAUGGAUGGUUGACUCCAAGGGGUUAAUAGUUAAGGGGCGUUCUUCGUUAACCCCGGAGAAAGCGGAAUUUGCUCACGAACAUGAAGAAAUGAAGAAUCUGGAAGAUAUCGUCCAAUCUCUAAGGCCAACGGCCCUCAUAGGAGUUGCGGCGAUCGGCGGCGCCUUUACGGAGCAGAUUCUCCGAGACAUGGCUUCCUUCAAUGAGCAUCCCAUCGUCUUUGCUCUGAGCAAUCCAACCAGCAAAGCCGAGUGCUCCGCAGAGGACUGCUACGUGUUCACGGAGGGACGAGGCAUCUUUGCAAGCGGCAGCCCUUUCGAUCCGGUCACUCUUCCAGAUGGACGGACUUUCCAUCCCGGUCAAGGGAACAAUUCCUACGUGUUCCCGGGAGUCGCGUUGGGUGUCAUUGCCUGUGGAUUGAAGCACAUCAGUGAUGAAGUCUUUCUCACCACUGCAGAGGUCAUAUCCCGGGAGGUGUCGGACCAACACUUGGAAGAGGGCCGACUGUAUCCUCCACUCCACACCAUUCAAGACGUUUCCCUGAAAAUUGCAGUGAAGAUCGUAGAAGAAGCUUACCAGAAGAAAAUGGCCUCCAUCCACCCGGAGCCGCCCAACAAGGAGGAGUUUAUCCGUGCUCAGAUUUACAGCACCGACUACGAUGAGUUUCUAGCUGACUCCUACUCCUGGCCUGAAGAGGCCACAAGAAUCCAGACCGGAAAGUCUGACUAGAAAAGCAAAUUCCCCAAAGCACGAAAACCGCCAGUGCCCUUGAUGACCUAGCGCAGACUUUUCCCUUUGCCCGAUUGCUGUCUGUUCUCAUGAUUCGGAAAACGUGCUAUGAUUUAGGUUAGCCACCCGGUAGUUUUAUUUCCCUGAAUUGAUUUUAGGUUGCUUGAAUUCAAAUCUAGGUGAAGAUAAAAAUCCCUUUGGAUGUCUCGGAGUUAUUGGGCUUUGUUUAUUUUCCAUUGUUUCCGACUUUCCUCACCCCGAGUUCUCUAAAAUAUAUUGUAUUUAGUACCGAGAAUCUCAGCAUUUAGCACUUGGGACUCAAUGCUCUAAAAAAAACCCAAACAAAAAAACCUAAUAGUCAUCCAUCCAAAUCAAUCAGUGAGUGUCUCCUGAGUUUGAGGCACUAUACUAUAGCAUUUGAUCUAAAUGAAAUUAGAAUUAUUUUGUUAGCAUUUUCAUUAAGCACUUAUUUGCAAAAACCACCAACCUAACAUGUGCUUGGUGUGAACCUUGCUUAUAAGAACAAAUUAAGAAAUUACGCCCUGACGGAUAUAAGCUUCGAACUCUAGCCAGAAACUACAGUUUCGGUCCCAGGGCUGGACUACACUGACUUCUUGUAUGCGGUUAUUCUCAGAUGUUUCUGAAAUGAACCAAUGUCGUUUACAAUGCCUUGUGCAGCCUUACACCUUAACAUUCUUUUACUAUUGAAGAUUUUCCUACACUUGCACUAAGCUUGUCUUCCUCUGACGUUAGGAGAAAAAAAAAAUCUAUUGGGUGAGGUGUUUAAUGUAGCCAUAUUUCCAGGGUCAUGUUCAUCUUGACUUCUUAUCAGAAAUCACCACCGAUUGCAAGUCUCCACUGACCAAGAAGGGCGAGUAACUCAGGGGACAGGUACUAAUGUUAUUUGGUUGUAUUUUUUUUCUAAUAGCUAGCAAUCAAACCAAUGAAAAGGAGGUUUCAAAAGAGAGAAACUCUCAGGCUCAGGUUUGACAACAUUGAUUAGUAACUUGCGUUAUUUAUCUACUGAGUUGUAUUAUUAGGGGAUUUUCUUCCUUUCAAUGCUGUGCUGGAGAGGAAGUUUUAUUUUAAAACUGAAUGUACCAUAAAUUAUUUCUUGGAAAGCGGAAGACAUCCCCAAGUUGGCUUUUGGGAGAAGAGGAAGGAAAAUGGGGUGGGAGGGGAUGUUUUGAGCCCAAUUUUUGGUCCAGUUCUAGAGUCGUCUAAAUGAAACGUUGGGCAGCUGAAGUCCCACAGACGGAAAUUUGCAGGUCCUGUUUUGUGAUAGCGCUAAUUAAUCACCUUUACCUCUGCAAAUGUAUUAAGCCCUGACUAAGGAGAGUGGAUCAAUAAAAUACCAAAAACAACA